AUGUCGCUCUUCAGAUCCAAGCGCCUGGACCUCAGCGGGUUCAUCAACGCCCGUGUCAUCCGUGACCACACCAAGCGGAAGGUUUUCGAGCAGCACGAGCCUGAACGCCAAGCUCUCCGCUACAUCAUCCGCAACACCUCCCUCCCGCAGCGUACCCGUGCCCAGGCUCAAUUGCAGCUUUCCCAGAUGCACGCCUACACCCGGCCCACCCAGAUCAAGAACCGCUGUGUGGCAGGUGGUAUUGCUCGAAGUGUGAUUCGCGACUUCAGAAUUGCUAGAUACCAAUUCCGUCAACAGGCACUGGCUGGUGAACUACCCGGUGUGAAGAAGGCCAGUUGGUAG